GCUAGGUUUGCCGAAUCAACCACUCUCCGGGACCUUCUAAAGAGAGAAAAAAAAUCAAAAAUCAAAAAUCAAAACCUCUUCCUCUUGAGUGAGACUUCUCGAUAUGCAAAGAAAAACAAUGGUAACGACGUCGUCUCGUACCAAAUCAAACGGCCCCGUGCUCCGUUCCCAAUCUCCGUCGGGUCGAUUCUGCGGCGCUUACUCUAAUCCCAUCCCUUCGUCUUCUUCCUCAGCGUUCGCUUCGUCUACGAGCUCUAGCUUCUCGUCACCGUCGUCAGCUUUCUUCAGCAACCACCACCGUGACAAUCAUCACCACAGCCACCACCGAUCCGCGUCUCCCACACGCGUGAAUCUAUACAAAGCCCAGCCGAUCGCGUUUUCAUCGCUCGACAGCAGAUCUAUCUCCCCGACGAACAGAUCCAUCUCCGUCUCGAAGAAACCUCAGCCUAGCAGCCACCACCACCACAAGAUCUCUUCCCCGAGGAGGUGUAUGUGCUCUCCGACGACGCAUCCCGGAUCCUUCCGGUGCAGCCUCCACAAAAACGUCGCGAAUCCGCACGGGCAAGGAGCGGCGUCGUCGUCGUCGUAUCCGACGAGCAGUCUGAACAUGCGGAGAUCCGCGAUGACGAACUCGCUGGUGAGAAUCGGCGGAGUCGAAGGUGAGUGGGUGAGGAGAGCGCUGACGACUCUGAUAAGGCCUUCGUCGCAUCAUCUGAGAAGGAGAGCUGCGUAUCAGCCUCGUCCGAGUAGGUUAUCGAUCGUGUCGAUGGCCACUGAGUGUAAUUGAUCUGAUCUGAUUAUUUAGAUUUCAGGUUUGUUCAUUCUCUCCCACAACAGGAUUACAGAUCUGGAAAGGGAGACUCUAAAUCGGGCGAGAUCUGCGGUUGAUUGUGGGAGAGAAAUCACGACCUCGAAAUCGAGUUUUGUAAAACGAAGAUCCAAAGAAGCACACCAUCAUAUAAUUUUUUUUUUGUUUGUUGGGGUGUAGUAAGAUGCGAAAUGCAUUUGUACAUACUUAAUUUUACUGUUCUCGCGGCUCUUCUCUUAAAAGAAAAUGUCGGACUCGAGAAAUUGCACCUA